UGCUGAAAGUGACAGAAGGAGAGAGGAGAGAAACGAGGAAGCACAAAACUAUGGGAGAGAGAAGAUGUCCCCAUUGUGUGUUCUUCUAAAUAAACGGAACCUACUACUGCACACUUGCUGUCCUGGUCGUGCUUUUGGGCCCAGCCCCAGUAUACCAUAACCGAACGAUCUGGCCAGAACAAUGGACCCAGCUGACUUGGACCCAUUUGGAGUGCAGUGAGCAAUCUCCAGCCAAGAACAGCUGUUGGGACAACACAAGCACGCUAUCCGGACCCUCUUGGAACACAGUCAGACCAUCUUGAACCACGUAUCCCAAUUGACUACUCAAGUCGCCACACUGACUGCUCAACACUCACCACCCGAAUCCACAGCCCCAGGCCGCUGGCUUCCUCCGUCCGUCUCUCCACCGAGCCAUGCUAGGGUGCUACCAAUCCGGGAGUCGUAUGCCACGGAUCCAGGCUCUUUGACUGGCGAAUUGGGAAAGUGGCGGGGAUUCCUCAUGCAAUGCUCCAAUCAACAGAUUGGUGUUCAAUCAACGGCCUCUGAUGUUUCCAUCGGACCAAACCAAGGUACAUUAUAUCAUAAGAUUAUUGAGAGGGAGAGCCUUGGCCUGGGCCGAGACCAUUAAUUCCACCCAGUCUCCACGUUAACUUUGGACACCUUCACCACCAUGCUGAGCAAUGUAUUUGACCACCCAGACCACCGGGGAACCGCUGCUACAUGGUUGCUGGACCUCCGCCAGGGGGCCAGGAAUGUGGUGGACUAUUCUGUGGAUUUCUACACCCUCGCAGCAGAUACUAGGCGGAAUGAGGAGGCAUUGCAGGGAGUAUUCACUAAAGGGCUAAGUGAACAAUUAACGGACAAGCUAGUCACUCGUGACGAACCCCCUAUUUUGAAAUCUCUGAUCUCCCUAGCAAUCAGACUGGACAACCGCCUUCACGAACGAAGCCGUGCUUACCCCUGGUCAUCGCCGGGAAUCCUGCCAUGUGUGGCCAAAAGACCAGACUCACUACUAGUUAUGGGGAUAGUGGUGAGUCACACAUCCAUGUCAGCCCCAUCCUGUUCACGCAUGCAAUUACUGGCCACAAUCUGCCACCAGAACUGGUCCUUCUCUCUGCCAGCCCUCAUCUCCUGGACCAGGAGAUGGCGGCCCGGCACAAGAUCCCACUGGAACCCCUGGAGAAACCUUUCAUAGCAAAGACCCUAGAUGGUAGGCUUCUAGCCCAAGUGACUCACCGUACUAUACCUGUCACCCUAGUUCUGUCUGGAAAUCAUCGGGAAACCAUUCAGUUUAAUGUCAUUCCAUCCCCAGAUUCUCCACUGGUUUUAGGCCACAUGGAAAAAUCAUCAGCUGGAGUCCCUUCUGCCUGGCAACCUGCCUGCAAUCGGCGAUUCCGCCAGCAGAUGGCGCCAACACUCCAAUCUUAGAACCACCCGACCUGACUUCCAUCCCUGAAGUCAUCAUGAUAUCAGUGAGGUUUUCAGGAAGGAUUUGGCCCUAUCCUUACCACCUCAUCGGCCAUAUGACUGCCCCAUUGACCUGCUUCCCGAAGCUACACUCCCCUCCAGCCAGCUAUAGAACCUGUCUCGCCCAGAGAGGGAGUCCAUGGAAAAAUAUAUCCAAGAGUCCCUGGCAGCAGGCAUCAUCCUCUCAUCAUCCUCUCCAGUCGGUGCCGGGUUUUUCUUUGUCACCAAGAAGGACAAGUAUCUCUGCCCCUGCAUCGAUUUUAGGGGCUUGAACAACAUUAUGGCGCUGAUAAACGACGUUCUCAGGGACUUUCCCUGGCUGAACGCAACUACGACGUUGGAAACCGGGAGCUCCUCGUGGUCAAACUAGCACUAGAGGAAUGGAGGCACUAGCUGGAUGGAUCCGAGUUGCCAUUUGUAGUGUGGACCAACCACAAAAACCUGGCCUACAUUCAAUCUGCCAAAAGUCCCCUCGGAUCCAGAUGCCAUUCUCCCAUCCUUGUGCAUCAUUGUCGCCAUCACCUGGGAGAUUGAGGCCAAGGUGAGGCAGGCUCAGUAAGCCCAGCCUGAUCCAGCAAAUGGACCACCCGACCGGCUGUUCAUCCCGGACACGACACGAUCCCAAGUACUCCAUUGGGGGCACACUUCCAAAUUCUCCUGUGACCCUGGUAUUGGUCGCACCCUGGACCUUAAAAGACACUUCUGUUGGCCCACCAUGGAGGCUGACACCCGGGCUUUUGUGGCAGCCUGUACCAUCUUCACCCGGGGAUAAUCCCAAUGGCCAAUCAGAGAGUGCUAACCAAGACCUGGAGGCAGCCCUGUGCUGUGUGGCAGCCACCAACCCCAGAUCCUGGAGUUCCCAUCUGACCUGGGUGGAGUAUGCGUACAACGCAUUGACCAGCGCCGCCACAGGAGUGUCACCUUUUCAAGCCUCUCUAUUAUUAUCAACCUCCACUGUUUCCAUCACAGGAAACAGAGAUCGCUGUCCCCUCAGUGCAAUACCAACUGUGCCGCUGCUGCAAGAUCAGGAUGGAUACCCGUGCUGCCCUACUCCGGUCCACCGGACACCGGCUCCCGAAUACUCUCCAGGUCAAACCUGUAUCUUCCAGUCCUUUGUGCCCGCCUUCCGGCUCCCCAACGACCAUCCUGCCUACACGGUCCGAUGGCUAUUGGACGUGCGCCACCGAGGCAGGGGUCUCCGGUAUCUCAUGGACUGGGAGGGAUAUGGCCCAGAGGAGCGCUCAUGGAUUCCCCGUUCAUUCAUUAUGGACAACCAAUUAAUCAAAGAUUUCCACCAGCUACAUCCGGAUAGGCCUGGGGGGUCACGAGGAGGCUUCCUUUGGGGGGGGGGUACUGUCAUGGAACGGCUGUACCAUUCCUAGUGUUCCUGUCUGUGUCCGUGUGUGUGUAUAUGCUGUAUACCCAGCUCUUCUCACCAGUCUUCGCCAGAUCAUUUACUCUUCAGCUCUUGUCUACCCCACUAAGAAAUUACCUGCAUCAUAUCAGAAUGCCUGAUUAACCUGUUUAACUCCCUGUGUCCUGGUUCACUCCUGUCACCUGCUUUCCAGGAGGACUUCAUCACAGCUCUCACCUGCCUUGCCUCGGACCGCAUUCCUGCCUCAACCUGCCUGCUCUCCUCAGCCUCAUGGCGGUCUGCUGUCUGCCUCCAGUCUACCGGCUUCCAGCCUUACCUCCACACUCCUGAUUCCUCAUUGUGUGUUCUUCUAAAUAAACAGAACCUACU